AUUGUGGAAAGGAAACAAGAACGAUAACUCCAAAUCACAUUAGAUGUCGCACCUGUCAAAUAAUCCAAAAUGGCGUCUGCUUGUGCGUUAGAGUGGGUACCAGAUUCCUUGUAUAAUACAGCUGUUUCUGCCACAGUAUCGUCUUAUAAUAAGCACAGACGAGAAGUUAAGAGCCUCCCAGAAGAUGUGCAGUUUGACAUUUAUUAUAAAUUGUAUAACAAAGGAAGAAUAUGCCAGCUAGCCCUGGAAUUUUCAGAGUUGGACACAUUUGCAAGAGUUUUAAAGGUUAAUGACAAAAGACACUUACUUCACCACUGCUUCCAGGCCUUGAUGGACCAUGGAGCCAGUGUUUCUGAUACCCUCGCUGAUACGUUCGCUCAGCAGUUAUCUCCCCCCACGUGUCAGGAUGUCUCAGCCAGGGACAGAGCUAUACAACUGGGAUUUCAGUUAGGUGGUUUUCUCUGUGAUGCGGGCUGGUUCUCGGCCAGUGAGACAGUAUAUAAAGCCUGCCUUAAUUUAUGUCAGAUGGAUAAAGCUUACUUACACAAGUCUUUAGAAUGCAGUGUUGGGCUACUGCAUGUACAGAAUGCUAACUGUAAAUACACUGCGGCUGAUCAGACUUGUCAGAUAGCCAGACAGACCCUAGAAGAGUUACAGUCCCUGAAUUUACCCGUCAAUGCUGCAGCCUUCUACACAGAGUGCUGUGCCCUUUUGUUUGCUGAAUGUCAGUAUGAUGAGGCAAUAAAAUUUUGUUCAAGGGCUAUACAGGCAUUAUCCAAGACAUUACCAAACAAGACUAUUGUUGAUGUAUUAAGGCAGUGCUCAAAGGCUUGUGUUGUGAAACGUGAAUUUUCCAAGGCAGAAGUUCUUGUAAAGCAUGCUGUGUGUUAUGCGAGAGAGAAGUUUGGAGAUAAACACCCUAAGUAUUCUGAUGCAUUGCUGGAUUACGGAUUUUAUUUAUUAAAUGUGGAUUCAAUAACUGCUGCUGUUCAAGUAUAUCAGAUGGCACUUGGUAUACGACAGUCGGUAUUUGGAGGCAAGAACCUCUAUGUUGCCAUAGGACACGAAGAUCUGGCGUAUGCUUCUUAUGUACAAGAAUAUAGUUCUGGAAGAUUUAAUGAUGCCAAGGAGCAUGCAGAAAAAGCUAUAGAGAUACUAAGUCAUAUAUUACCAGAAGAUCAUUUGUUACUAUCCUCAUCUAAAAGAGUAAAAGCAUUAAUACUGGAGGAGAUUGCUUUGGACAGUCUCUCUAAGGAGGCCAAGGAGAAGAAUCUACAGGAGGCCCAGGAACUACACCUCCAGUCUCUGGCUCUGGCCAGGAAGGCCUUCGGGGAAAACAACGUACAAACUGCAAAGCAUUAUGGGAACCUAGGACGUCUGUAUCAGUCCAUGCAGAGAUAUGAGGAGGCAGAAGAGAUGCAUCUGAAGGCUAUAAAAAUCAAAGAGAGACUGCUAGGAAAGGACGACUAUGAAGUGGCGCUAUCUGUAGGACACUUAGCUUCCCUUUAUAACUAUGAUAUGGAGAAAUAUGCAGAGGCUGAAAAACUUUAUCUUAGAUCUAUAGCUAUUGGUAAGAAGUUAUUUGGUGAAGGUUACAGCGGUUUGGAAUAUGAUUAUAGAGGACUGUUAAAGUUAUACAGGACGACUAAUAACCUGGCUAUGGCCGACCAUUACCACGACAUCCUGCAUGAAUGGAACACCAUUAGAGACAUAAAUAAUGCUGUAGAAGUCAAACCCCUCGAAUUCUCCAUUACCACGAACUUUGAAGAAUCUGUGAAGAAGUGCUUUUCUUGAGAUUUGUCAGUGAACUACAGUGUUGCUCUUCCCACAAAUCCGUGUUCAGUAGUGUGGUAGAUUGUAAGAGAAUUGUCAGGCAUUGUAUACUUACAUGUACUUGUGAAUUUCACAGUAGUGCUGAACUGGUAUCAAAUUCUCUUCAAGUGGAUAUUGUGUGCAAUUUUUUUAUAUCGUCAAUGUUGUUGGCCCUAAUAUAGCUUACUAGCUGUAAUUAAUAGGUGCUGAUUUGCCAUUGAUUAGAUGUAGAUUUUAUUAGAAAUGUUAAAAUUCAUUUGAGUGGAGAGAGAAAUGAAAACCUUAUCUUCAUGUAAGAAUGUACAUUUACUAACAGAGAUCUAGUUGGGGAAAGUAAAGUAGACCGGCUAACAAUAUUGACUUUAAUGGAAAUUAUUUUGUGUAGUUUGGAGAAUAAUUAAUACAAUUUGAAAAUGUAAUCAGUAUUGGGAAUAUCAAUCCUUGUGUUUCAAACAUGUACUGAUAUCAUCAUUGGCGGGUUCCUGUUUUGAAAUAGUUUAAUACUGUGUUUUGUGACAUAGACUAUAGAUAUGAUCAUGACUCAAUUUUACAUAUAUGCUUGGCCGAAUCCCUAAUUACCUUGCUUUGGUUUAUGGAAAUAGUACAACCAGGGUUGUUAUGAAGACCCAGGGGGUGGAGGGGGGGGGGGGCUAGGGAAUUUCCCCGCCUAUAAAUAAUGAUGUAAUCCCACAGCUAUUUUGGUAUUCCUCCUAAACUCAGAGUUAAGAGAGGAACCCCCGGUACCCUUCUAUUUUCAAUAUG